AUGAGCACCUCAAAGCGACCAUUGCGAAUAUGUGGUGUCAGCGGUUCAGCGUUGGACAGGCGACAUGGAUUCGAAGCCGCUCUGGGGUCUACCGAACAAAUUGACUUUCUCACGGGAGAUUGGUUGUCUGAGGGCAAUAUGGCAAGUUCGGCCAUAAAAAAGCUCAGCAGGAAUUCCCUCGAGAUAUAUGGCUUUGAAGAGUCCUUCUUGGCUUCAAUUACACCACAACUUCGCAACAUUGAGGCUAGAAAAAUCAAGGUGGUGGUCAAUGCGGGUGCUGCAGAGCCCGGUGUUCUUUGCCAACGACUUGGUGAGGUAGUCCAAGGUCAGGGGCUUGGCUUGAAGACGGCGUGGAUAUCGGGCGACGAUGUCCUUGGUUCUCUUCGAGAGGCCGCGUCUAUAGGUCAGACCGAUCUGAUCAACCUGACGACGGGAGAACGGAUGGAAGCGAUUCCAAACGAGACCGUCUUUGCUCAGGCCUAUCUGGGUGCCCGGGGCAUCGUGAAAGCCUUGGAAGAAGGUGCGGACAUUGUCAUUUGUGGUCGAGUUGCCGAUGCGAGCCCAGCAAUCGGCGCCGCCAUGUGGUGGCACCGGUGGAGGCCUGAGCAACACGAGCAGCUGGCCAACGCCUUCGUCGCCGGUCACUUGAUCGAGUGUUCGACAUAUGUCACGGGUGGCAACUUUUCCGGAUUCAAAACCGUACCAGGAAAUGACGACUUGGGCUUUCCCAUCGUCGAAAUCUCAGGCAGCGGCGAAGUUGUUAUCACCAAGAUGGCGACUUCAGGUGGCGUGGUAAAUGUGGACACAGUGACAGCACAGCUGCUCUAUGAAAUUCAGGGACCAUUAUACUAUCAUUCCGAUGUUACUGCACGGUUGGACAGUAUUUCGCUCGACACUGUUGGCCCAAACAGGGUUCAGAUCAAAGGAGUCGUGGGCCUUCCACCGCCUCCGACGACCAAGGUAGGCUUCACAAGCAAGACACGCUAUAAAGCCGAGCUUCACUGGUCUCUCGUUGGCCUUGAUAUCGCCGAAAAAGCCAAUUUACUUGAGAAGAAUAUCAAAUCUAGUCUAGGAGAGUCGGCCAUGUCCAAGUUUUCUCUCAUCAACUUUACCACGCACGGCGUUUGCCCAGCAAAUCCAGCAUCGCAAAACGAUGCCACUGUGGAUUUUCGCGUUUUUGUCCAGGCAGGAUCUCAGGAAGACCUUGACUACAAGAAUUGGAUCGAACCUGUUCUGAAUGUCAUCAUGUGCUCAUAUCCUGGGGCGACCAUGCAGCCGGCAAUCACUGCUGGAAUCCCACAGCCGUAUAAUGAAUAUUGCGUGGCGCUGAUGCCGCAACGAAUGGUACAACACAAAGCCCACGUGGCAACAAACUCCUACGAUGUCCCACAUCCUGUUGUCACCCAAGUCUACCCUGCACAGCAAGAUAGCUAUGAGUUCUCCCACCCUGUCGAGCUCGCCAGUUUUGGAGAGACGGUCGCGGCUCCCUUGGGUCUCAUCGUCCAUGCUCGGUCGGGGGACAAAGGCAGCGAUGCUAAUGUCGGAUUUUGGGUCCGGAAUGACGACGAAUACGACUGGCUUCGUACUCUUUUGACAGUGGAUAAGAUCAAAGAACUGCUCGGCAUUGAACACAGCCCUGGUAACAAGAUCGACCGCUUUGAACUUCCCGGGAUCCGGGCGGUACACUUCCUCCUGCAUGGUCACCUGGACAGAGGUAUCAACAGUACCAGCACGUAUGAUAUCUUGGGCAAGAAUGUGGCCGAGUUUUUACGAGCUAGACACGUGCCUCUACCCAAGAGAUUUAUGUCCCGGGGAACCAUUUAG